AUGAGUCUGUCUGAAGGAAUUAAGUCAACACAAUCUGUUGUGUCUGUUGACGAGGUUCCAGUGAAAUCCAUAAUCUCUGGAAGUAACUGCAAGAUCCUGGUCGACCAUCUAGUUGAUAAAGACGAAACUGUUGUCUUGGCUCUUGGUUACAAGCAAGAAUUUAAAAGAGACUUCUCUUUAUGGACCACAUUCGGGGUGGCAUUCUCCGUUUUGGGUUUGCUACCUUCUAUCGCCUCCACUUUGUUCUAUUCCUUAGCCGUUGCAGGUAAUGCAGGUAUUACUUGGGGAUUUCUUCUAGGUGUUAUAGGAAUUGUUCCUGUUGCUUUAAAUCUUGCAGAAAUUGCUAGUGCUUAUCCUGUUGCUGGUGGAAUUUACUACGCUACCGCUAUGCUUUCUCCUCCAAAAUAUAAGGCUAUUUUGUCUUGGAUAGCCGGCUGGUCGAAUUAUUUCUAUCAAGUGACUGGUGCGCCGUCUGUUGGUUAUGGCUGUGCUUCAAUGAUUCUAGCCUUAGCAGCUGUGGCUAAUCCCCACUACCAAUAUCAAACAUGGCAUUGCUACCUUCUUACUGUUGCUAUCACCUUUGUCUGUUCUAUCAUCGCUUCGCUUCCUACAAAAUGGAUAGCAUAUAUUAAUAUGGGCUCCUCGAUAUUGAAUAUCGGUUUUCUAUUUAUCUCUUGGAUAUUUAUGCUUUGCGGCAAUAACAGAGAAGAUAAUCUUACAGAUUGGCCAGAUGGAAUGGCCGUUUUACUUUCAUUCAUGGCAGUCCUCUGGACUUUGUGCGGCUUUGAUUCUCCUUUCCAUAUUGCUGAAGAGUGCUCAAACGCUCAAGUGGCAACUCCUAGGGCUGUUGUCAUGACAGCAACUAUUGGUGGUGGCUUGGGAUUUGUUUUCCAGCUUGCAAUCGCUUACACCAUUGUCGAUAUAGAUAAUGCUGUUAACGAUGAGUUGGGACAACCUUAUAUUGCAUACUUGAAUCAAAUUAUGAGUAAGCCUAGAGUUUUAGCCAUCGGUUCUUUUGCUGCUAUCUUGGCCUUUUCCAUGACUUUCUCUUGUAUGAUUGCCGCUUCCAGAGUGCUAUUCUCCUAUUCAAGAGAUAACUGUUUCCCAUUAUCGAGAUAUUGGUGCAAAGUGAACAAGUAUACAAAGACACCAGUCAAUGCUGUAUGGGCUAACUGGGUCAUUGGUGUUCUUCUUCUUCUUUUGAUGUUUGGAGGAGUCGCUAUCGAUGCAAUUUUCUCAGUCGGUUCCAUUGCUCCUUUCAUCUCUUUUUGUAUACCUAUAUUGCUUCGUAUUACCUACGCCAGACACACUUUCAAGCCGGGUCCAUGGAAUUUGGGAAGAUGGACAUAUCUUUCUGGUUACAUUGGCUGUUUAUUCGUUCUUCUCAUGAUUCCAAUUUCCGUUUUCCCUGACUAUAAGGGAGCAGAUAACACGAUGGAUAUGAUGAAUUGGACAUGCGUGGUUUACUAUGGCUCAAUGCUGCUUGCAAUUGCCUGGUACUAUGCUUAUGCUCAUAAGACAUAUAAAGGACCCAAGAGUAACAUUACUGGUGAUAUAAUUAUUGGCAAUGAUGUCGAUGAGAUUGUGGAAAAAGUUAGUAUGAAUAAGGAUUUUGAGGCUGAAAAGAAGAUAAAAUGA